UUUAUAACCCCCAUUAACCAUUCGCCAACUAAACUCAUUGCUAAUCCCCUAUUACUCUCUCACUCUUUCAGUUCGAUUCUGUCUCUAAUUUUUUCCCAGUUCUUGUGUUUGGAAGCAAUCAUGAUCUCUGCAGAUUCUCGUACGGAGAAUUAUACUGGUUUCGUAUAUGAGAAUGGUCCUAUGUCGGUGUUCUCCAAUAGUAAUAAUCAUCAGAACCCUGGAAAUGUGUUCAAGUUUGAAGAUUCCUCUUCAAAUCAUGCAGAAUCUCCUACUAGUGAUGAUCCUGAUGGCACAAAUAAUGGAGAAUCACACGCAGAGAGUACUAAGAACUCAAACCCUAUUCUCAGAUACAUAAGUGAGAUUCUGUUGGAUGAGGAAGAUGAUUUGCAGCAAAAGCCCUGUAUGUUGCAUGAUUGUUUGAAGCUCCAGGCUGCCGAGAAGGGGUUCUACGACGCCAUCGGCCGCAGCUACCCUUCGUCGCCGUCAAAGAUCUAUGGUGGUUUUGGGGAUGAUUGCCAUGAUCCUGAUGAUAGUAAUUUUGGUAGAACAACUAGCUCUGAGAGCAAUAGUAGCAGCUACAACACUAGUGAAAAUUCAUGUGAGUCUGAUUGGUUCAAUGGAUGGGGUGAUUUUGAGUCCAAAUUCCUUCAAAACUCGUUGAUUGAGUCCCCAGAAAUAAAGAACUCCUAUGAGGUUUUAGGGUUAGGUAAUUCUCAAAUUAGGGAUUCGCAUGGUUCUGUCUAUUUUCAAAAUGGAACCUUGCACAACAUAAUUCCAGAUAUGCUGCCACCAAUUACUGGAGGAGGUAGUGGUAGAUCAAGGGAAAAGAGGAGCCAUCAUGUGGAUGAUGGCACACAAGAAGGGGAGAGAGGAAACAAGCUCUCAGCUGUGUAUGCCGAUGAGUCGGAGCCAUUGGAGAUGUUUGAUGCAGUGCUGCUUUGUCAGGAUGGCAAGAGUCCUGCCAUUUUUUGUGGCGACCGCGAAUCCGACUCGGGUGGAUCUAAUGUGAAGGCAAGCCGUUCGAAGAAAGGUGCGAACAAGGGUGGAGCUACCAACAAAGGGGGCACCAUAAGUACAACAGUUGAUUUAUGGAGUCUCCUAACUCAAUGUGCACAAGCUGUGGCAAGCUAUGAUCAGAGGAGUGCGAAUGAGAUACUCAAGCAGAUAAGGCAGAACUCUCCGGCUUCUGGCGAUGGGUUGCAGCGUUUGGCUAAGUACUUCGCCGAUGGCCUUGAGUCGAGGUUAGCUGCCGGGACACCCAAGUAUAUCCUCCUUCAGUCAGCAUCUGCUGCAGAUAUGUUAAAGGCAUACAAAGUUUACAUCACAGCCAUCCCAUUUCAAAGGAUGUCAAAUUUCUUGGCUAAUAGGACUAUUCUGAAGCUAGCACAGAAUGAAAGCAGUCUUCACAUUAUUGACUUUGGGAUUUUCUAUGGUUUCCAGUGGCCUUGCCUCAUCCAGCGCCUUUCAGAAAGACCUGGAGGGCCUCCUAGGCUUCGGAUCACUGGAAUUGAUCUUCCUCAGCCUGGAUUCAGGCCUGCAGAAAGGGUUGAGGAGACCGGGCGACGCUUGAAAAACUAUUGCAAGAGGUUUGGGGUCCCAUUUGAGUACAAUUGCCUUGCACAGAAGUGGGAAACCAUACAACUCGAAGAUCUCAAUAUCGACAGGAAUGAAGUGACCGUGGUUAACUGUCUAUACAGAUUGAAGAACCUGUCUGAUGAGACUGUGACCGCGAACUGUCCAAGGGAUGCCGUGUUAAGGUUGAUCAGGAGGAUAAAUCCAAACAUCUUUAUCCAUGGUGUGGUCAAUGGCACUUACAAUGCCCCAUUUUUCUUGACUCGAUUCAGGGAGGCGCUCUUCCACUUCUCGGCAUUGUUUGACAUGUUUGAGGCCACUGUGCCACGCGACAAUCCACAUAGGCUGAUGUUUGAGCAGGGGUUGUUUGGAAGGGAUGCCAUCAAUGUCAUAGCAUGUGAAGGGGCUGAAAGAGUAGAAAGGCCAGAGACCUAUAAGCAGUGGCAAGUUAGGAACAGAAGAGCAGGGUUCAAGCAACUUGCAAUUGCACCAGAACUGUUAAAUAGAGUCAAAGGAAUGGUGAAGAAGGAAUAUCACAAAGAUUUUGUAGUGGAUGAAGAUGGAAAAUGGGUCUUACAAGGAUGGAAAGGGAGAAUUCUCCAUGCGCUCUCUCCUUGGGUUCCUGCUUAACCAAUCAUGUGGAAACAUUCCAAUGUAAUCUUUAUUAUUCUUUCUUUCCGUUUUGAGUUUCUGUUUUAGAUUAUUGGUGCUAAAUUUGGUUCCUAGUACCUUAGUUUAGCUUGGUGUAACAUGCAUCUGCAUGUAGCCAAAAUUAGAAGAUUAAUCUGAAAUCACAUAUUAGAUAAAAGAUUAUCCGAUAUCUCCAUUACGGUGUACUCUUUUUUUAUUAAUAUGAAUAGACGCAAAAUAGAAUGAAAAUAGCACUUAUUUCUGUUAA